AUGGAGCGGGCUGGAGGCGCGGGUGCUGCCGACACCGGGGACACGGGACACCCCCAGGCCCAGGGCAGCGCAGCUCCUGCAGCUCCCCAGGCUGCCCAGCCCGAAACAGCGACAGCGGCAGCCGCCACCGUGGCACGGGAUGGAGGCACAGAUGAGCCUGGAGGAGGGAAGACAGAGCUGGAGCAGGAGACAGCUCUGGCUGCUCCAGAGCCCCAGGAUGGACGGGAAGCAGUUCCAGGAGAGGCUGUGCAGCAUGAUGGAGGACAGGCAGCAUCUGAUGAAGGGCAGGCAGCGUCCAUCAGAGAGAAGGUGCAGGCUGCCACCGAGGCCCAGGGUGUAGGGAAGGAUAGGAAAGACAAGCCUGAGAAGAAGGAAGCUCCAGCUACAGGAGAGCUCAAAGGAGGAAAGGCUUCAGUUGCUGCAAAGGCUAAGGAUGGAGGGAAGGAUGAGACCAUGGAGAGGAAGUGCCUGCCUGUAACUGAAGCACAGGAUGGAGGAAAGGACAAGCCCAAGAAGGAGGAAGCACCUGGUGGGUCGGGGGCUGAGAGUGGUGGAAAAGCAGAGUCCACUGAGGAGAAGGCUCUGGCUGCAGCAAACUCUGAAGGAGGGAAGGCAAAACCUAUGGAGGAGACAGCUUUGGCUGCAGCUCAGCCUCAGGAUGGAGGCAAAGGAGAGCCGGCAAAGGAGAAAAUCACAGUGGUUGCAAAACAGGAGGUUCCAGCCACUGCUAAAGCUCCAGAUGAAGGGAAGCAAGAUGCAAAGGAACAGCAAGCCCCAGCUGCUACCAAGCCAGCAAAGGAGAAAACCACAGCUGCAGCAAAGGAGAAGGUCCCAAAUGCUGCAAAGGAGAAGGUCCCAAAUGCUGCAAAGGAGAAGGUCCCAAAUGCUGCAAAGGAGAAGGUCCCAAGUGCUGCAAAGGAGAAGGUCCCAAAUGCUGCAAAGGAGAAGACCCCAGAUGCUGCAAAGGCUCAGAGUGGCAAGAAUGAAGUGGUAAAGGCAGAAAAAGCCCCAGCAGUUAAAAAGGCUCUGGAUGGAGGCAAAGAGGAGCCCGUGAAGGAGAAGGCUGCGGCUUCAGUGAAGGAGAAAACCACAGCUUCAGUGAAGGAGAAAGCCAUAACUCCUGCAAAGGAGAAAGCCCCAGAUGCUGCUAAGGCUCAGGAUAUAGAGAAGGCAGAAGCAAAGGCAGAGAAAACACCAGCUGAAAAAAUGGCUCAGGGCGGAGACAAAAUAGAGCCUGCAAAGGAGAAGUCCCCAGCAGCUGUGAAGGUGCAGGAUGGAGGGAAGAAAACUGCAAAGGUGGAAAAAUCCACGGUUGAAUCAAAGGCUGGGGAUGAAGGGAAAGAGCCUAAAAAGGAGAAGAUCCCAGCUACUGCAAAGGCUCAGGAUGGAGGGAAGAAAGCUGCAGAGGUGGAGCCUCCCACACCUGGAGCAGAGGCUGGGGAUGGGGCUGUGGAGCCCACAGAGGCAGCAGCCAUGGCUGUUGUGAAGGCUAAGGGUGAAGGGGAGGAAGUGUCCAAGGGGACAGAGGGACAGGCACCAAAGAUCCCCGAGCCCCCGCGCCCGGCUCUGCUGCAGAGCCUGAGCUGCCCGGCUGCCUGCCACAGGGAGGAGCAGCCCUGGGCAGAGGUGGCAGAGAUGGAGACAAUAGAAGAGGAGACCACGAUGGUGGAGCCAAAAGAGGGUCUGACAGAGCUUGGCUCUGGCCCACCAGCCCUGGAGAACCUGCAGCCCCUGGAACCUGCCAGCACCCCUCAGGAGAGGACAUUGCCCAGUGCCACAGGGCAGCCCCCAGAUCCUGCUGGGAUGGUGGAGCAACCUGGAGUGCAACCAUCUUUAACAGAGGCAAAACCACCCCCCAGCCCCUACCUCACCCCUGAUUUUGGGAAGGAAGACCCUUUUGAGAUAUUGGAUGAUGUCCCUCCACCGCCAGCGCCCUUCGCUCAUCGCACUGUCACCCUGCGCUCCGCCAGUGUCAGCUCCCAGUUCAGCCUCAGCUCCAAGGACAUCCUGGGGGGGGGCAAGUUUGGUGAAGUUCACACAUGCAUAGAGAAGGAGACGGGGCUCAAGCUGGCAGCCAAAGUGAUCCGGAAGCAGGGAGCAAAGGACAAGGAGAUGGUGCUGCUGGAGAUCGAUGUGAUGAACCAGCUGAACCACCACAAUCUCAUCCAGCUCUACGAUGCCAUCGAAACACCCCGGGAGAUUAUCCUCUUCAUGGAAUUUGUGGAGGGUGGUGAGCUCUUUGAGCGGAUCAUCGAUGACGACUACCACCUGACAGAGGUGGACUGCAUGGUGUUUGUCCGGCAGAUCUGCGAGGGCAUCCGCUUCAUGCACCACAUGCACGUCCUCCACCUCGACCUCAAGCCCGAGAACAUCCUCUGUGUCAGUGCCACCGGGCACAUGGUGAAGAUCAUCGACUUUGGGCUGGCUCGAAGGUACAAUCCCAAUGAGAAGCUGAAAGUGAACUUUGGCACCCCUGAAUUCCUCUCCCCUGAGGUGGUCAACUACGAGCAGGUCUCCUACUCCACGGACAUGUGGAGCAUGGGCGUCAUCACCUACAUGCUGCUAAGCGGCCUCUCCCCCUUCUUGGGUGACGAUGAUACCGAGACACUCAACAACGUCCUGGCUGCCAACUGGUACUUCGACGAGGAGACCUUUGAGAGUGUCUCCAAUGAGGCCAAGGACUUCGUCUCCAACCUCAUCAUCAAGGAUAAGAGUGCCCGGAUGAGUGCUGACCAGUGCCUGCAGCAUCCCUGGCUCAAUAACCUGGCAGAAAAGGCCAAACGCUCCAACCGGCGGCUCAAGUCCCAAGUGCUGCUCAAGAAAUAUGUCAUGAGGCGGCGCUGGAAGAAAAAUUUCAUCGGGGUGUGUGCUGCCAACCGCUUCAGGAAGAUCACCAGCUCGGGGUCCCUGACAGCGCUGGGCAUCUGAGCUGGGCUCCCAGGGGAGCCGAGGCCAGAAAGGAACCACUUGAGAGGGACCCCCCACCAGUCUGGAGCAGCUCUGUGGAGCUGGUCCCACUGCUCUGAGGACCACAUCACCGCUGGGGGUGCUCGCAGUGGCCUUGAGGCUCCUGAGGCUCCAGCCCUCCUCACUCCCACCGAGCCGAUGCUCCUGUCGGGAUCUCCUCAGACUGUGAAGCUGCUCCGGAGUGAAGGUUUCUGAUCUCAUCUCUGUCCCUGGCCUGGCUGCGUGAUGCCCGACCUGCAGCAUCUCUGCUCUGCUCACGCUUCCUUCUCGUGCCCUCAGAGGAGGAAGGCCAUUCCGGUGUGAUCCCGCCGCCUCGGCCACCUGGUGCUUGCUGCUUUUGGACUCAAAAUGUGCCCUCUCUGCCUGUAAAUGCCGCCUCCACUGCC